UUAACAGUGCGCACACAACUUUAUGAAGCCAGGAGAUACUAAAUCAGUGACUAUUUUAUCAUGCUUUUCAUUCACUAUUUUGAUUUGUUGAAAUAAUAAAAUAAUGUCAGUGUUUUCAUUAAUUCAAGGCCUUAUGCAAUAAAGCAAAUCUUCUGACGAUUUGAAUGAUAAGCUGACCAGGCCCUUAUCUGCUACACAUACAGUAUGACUCAUAACUUUAUAGAUAAAAAAUUAUAUCCUUGAAAUAAGCAAUGUCUCCAAGUUGCUACCUCCUCUGAUGUCCUCAUUGCAAAGAAAAAAAAAAUCAAUCAAACAAAAAACUUUUUUUUGGUGCUUUUAAUGGAUGAUGCUGCCAAUUAAUUAUGUCUAUUAAUUAAUUUAUGUAUUGAUGUCACCUUGAACGGCAUUCUGUCAUUUUUUUGAGUGCGUUUCUAGCCCAAAACAAAUUGUAGUGUGACGUGGAUCUGGCGUGUGUCCCAGAAACACUGCAGGAACGCACAUAAAAUGGGACGCCAGUCCUUCCCAGCGCAUCCCAGACAUGCACUCACACGCUCAUUCACACCAAGUAGCCAUUUCCACUAGCCAAUCCAUGUACCAGCAUGAUUAGCACCACAUCAAGGCUAGUACAGUGUUGACAGAUGAGAACUCGCAGUCAGUGAUUCAGGAACAGCACACAUCACGUGAUUGGAGGGAAAUCUGAUAGUAGGCCUCUGUUGCUAACACAGUAUGGAUGGGGUGGCAGCUGCAUGAGCUUACAUAUGAUGUGAGCAGAUGGAGCUACUGCAGGCGAAAGAAGGAGGGCCAGAGAGAAAGAGAGAGAGAGAGGGAGAGGCAGGCAGUGAAAAGCAGCAGGUGCAGAGGCUCUUGGCCUGGGCCAGGCAGACGGACCAAGGCCAGUUGCCUGAACCGGCUGAGGCUGAAUCCAGGGGAAGGGGAAGGAAAUCCAAAGACACACAGACCAUUGUGCGGGGCAGCAAGCCACCCAAAGAUGCUUCCAUCAAUGGACUACUCGAAGAGUUCGACAACAUUUCCGUGACACGUUCCAACUCUCUGCGCAAAGAGAGUCCACCAGGAGCCCACCAGGCCAGUUCAGUCAAGCAGCUGUCUAUAGCUUCGGCUAACGCCAGCAGCAGCGGCCCAGAGGAGAACGGCUUCAGCCACUACUUUGCCCGAUAUUCCUGCGAUCUGGACAGCAGCAGGGACUUUCCACUGGAGCGGGACAAAGGUGCGUAUGAUGGAGAAUGGGCGGUUGGGCGCCAUUACCGCUUCUCCUUCAAACAGAACGGCCACACCAUUCGCAGCCCUUUCUACCCAGAUGCCAUGCCUCAGAAGUCCUCCGAUUAUGGCAAGAUGCCACCAGACUACCACGCCUACUUAGAGAGCAAGGUGCGCCUGUCCACAGAUGAGAUGGCUGCAGGUGGCAGUAGGAACUAUUAUAGGGCCUCUCUGGGAGGAUCCAGUCAGGAUUACCGCGAGCAGCCAUUGGGGACGCCGUCACGGGCCUCCCUACACAGCGAGCAGAUCAACUACCCGGAUGGUGACUGGGGUGGAGGUAUCUAUACUGCAGCGCUGAGGGAUGACUAUGAAAAGAGGCCAAAGUCAUCAUACAUUUGUCAGACAAGCCCCCAGCCAGCCAUUCGGCAGCGCUCCAGAUCAGGCUCUGGCUUACAGGAGCCUAGUUUGCCCUACGGCAUCAGUGCCUUCAAGGCUGCACCGCACGGGCCAUACAGCUCCUAUACUUACCCUCGUCUUUCUGAAAACACCUCUGCCUCCCAGAUCAUUGGCAAGGGCGAGUAUGACAGGAGGUCUCGGGAUGGGAGCCCGCAGGUGCCAGGAGCCGAGACGUACCCCCGCGGCCCCUUCAAACUACCUCAGAGCCAUGCCAAGAUGGGCUACCCACCAAGCUUUCAGUACCCACCUCCUUUUCACUACAAGCCAUCGCCCUAUCACCACCCUCCAUCUCAGCCCAGUCCUCCAUACACCCCUCAGGGGGCUCACUCCCAGCCCUCCUCACCCUACAUCCCUCCUGGAUACUGGGGCUCAGCCUGUGAGCCUCCACCACCCUCACGUGUCUCUCACGAGCAGUUCCGUGCUGCGCUGCAGCUUGUAGUGAACCCAGGUGACCCACGUGAGUACCUGGACAACUUCCUAAAGAUUGGCGAGGGCUCUACAGGCAUUGUGUGCAUCGCCACGGAGAAGCACAGCGGCAAGCAGGUGGCCGUCAAAAAGAUGGACCUGAGAAAACAACAGCGGCGCGAGCUGCUCUUUAAUGAGGUGGUGAUUAUGAGGGACUACCACCAUGAAAACGUGGUGGACAUGUAUAAUAGCUACCUGGUUGGAGACGAGCUCUGGGUGGUGAUGGAGUUCCUGGAAGGCGGGGCUUUAACAGAUAUUGUCACGCACACAAGGAUGAAUGAGGAGCAGAUUGCCACAGUGUGUCUGUCGGUGUUGAAAGCCCUCUCAUAUCUCCACACGCAGGGAGUCAUCCACAGAGACAUAAAGAGUGACUCCAUCCUCCUCACUAGUGAUGGCAGGAUAAAGCUCUCCGACUUUGGCUUUUGUGCUCAAGUCUCAAAAGAUGUGCCUAAGCGAAAGUCCUUGGUUGGCACGCCAUACUGGAUGGCACCUGAGGUCAUCUCCAGGCUGCCAUAUGGCACUGAGGUUGAUAUUUGGUCUCUAGGGAUCAUGGUGAUUGAGAUGGUGGACGGGGAACCACCCUACUUCAAUGAGCCUCCACUGCAGGCCAUGAGGAGAAUCCGAGACAACCUUCCCCCUCGGCUAAAAGAAUCACACAAGGUAUCGUCCGUGCUCAGAGCCUUUUUGGACCUGAUGCUGGUGAGGGAACCUUCACAGCGGGCCACGGCACAGGAGCUCCUGCAGCAUCCAUUCCUCAAGCUCUCAGGCCCUCCCUCGUGCAUCGUUCCUCUGAUGAGGCACUACCGCCAUCGCUGACCAACACAUGCAGUACACUACUACUUAUCCAGUCAUAUGUAACCAGUGGAAAAUCCACACUGACACUUGUAACCGUACGUAGUUUAGAUAACACGAACAAGAAAGCUAACUAUUAAUACAAAGUAAGUAAAUGGACACCACACUAAAGUGAAUAUCAUGGCCAUUAGUAGUGCCGCUGGCUUCAGUGGUGGGUGCCUGGAUCUUUAUUAGACAGCUAGUGACCAGUCUGUGGGAGUGAUGUGUGUGCUGUGUGUCCUGACGCCCUGUUGAGAGUUGUACUGUAGUAGCUGCAGUCUUGAGUUCAGACAGGGGGAAGCAGCAGUGAACCUGAUAAGCUGAGCGAUUGAUGAACAACAGGCGAUCAACGGCCUCUAUCCCUGAAUGCAAAAUCACUAAUGAUGGGUUUUUUCAGGAGAUAAGACGGGCUAUAAGCCAGAUUUGAAUGUCUGUAAGGGACAUAGGGUGUUACACUACUGAGGAAUCUCCUUUUUCACGCCUCUUCACACUAACAAUGAAAGUGUAUUUUAGUGGACUUGUAAGAUUUUCUCUGUACAGUUUUGAUAAUCUUCAGUAUUUUGUGGUGAUGUAACCAUUGUGAAAUGGGCAGUAUUGAAUAGAAUUAAAGAGUUUCUGCAAAAGAUCUUUCCUACUGUUUAUAAUCCAUUUUUGACUAAGAACUGUAGAUAUCCACACUAAACACACACCCUUACCUGUCAAAGAAACUGAAUAUAUUUAUUUACCCUACAUUUAUAGACAGAACUUCCAGUGAGUGUGGAGAGAGGUAUUGCCAGAAUUUUGUAUGCUGUUUUAAAGUAUUAUUUAUUUUUGAACUGAAGCUUUAUUUUCCAGUAGUGUGGCCUUAGUUUUUUUUUUUUUUUUUUUUUUUUUUUUUUUGGUGUUUUGUUCUCAUUUUGAAUACGUAUAAAGAGCGAUGUUGGCUAUAUCAUGCAAGCAGGCUGUUUCAGACAAGCAAUAAUCACCACAGUUACAUCUUCAUUGAUCGUGCAACUCUUUCUCACUUGAGAAACAACACAUUAUUAAGAUCUUUCUUUCUUUUCUUUUUUUUUAAAGCAUUUACACAAUGCUACUACCUUUAAGAAUUUAUGCUCAUCCAAGAAGAGCCUCUUAAAAUCCUAGCAAUACUUACAUGCUUGAGAUAUUUUCAUUUCAGUACUGUAAGUGGCACACGGUGUCUGUGACUCAGCCUGCAAUCCUGUUUCUAUUCCCAUUACUCACUGUGAUCUGUAAAUAUGAACAGUGUGUCUGCUUCUGGCAAAGCCUGAUGAAUGGUCAGACUUGAAUGAGUAUAUCUAACUGUUGUGUCGCUUUGUACAGUGAUCUUGCAUGUGUGUUAUCAGUAAAGCUGGUUUCAAUAAUAAAAAAAAA